CUCGCGAUCGUCCCCGCCGAACAACCACCACAGCCAUGGGCUCAGUAGUUCUUCCCCACCUGCGCACAGGCUGGCACGUCGAUCAAGCCAUCCUCUCAGAAGAAGACCGACUCGUCCUCAUCCGGUUCGGCCGCGACAGCGACCCCGACUGCAUGGCGCAAGACGAAGUGCUCUACAAAAUCGCCGACCGCGUCAAGAACUUCUGCGCAAUCUACCUCUGCGAUCUCGACGAAGUGCCGGAUUUCAAAGCCAUGUACGAACUGUACGAUCCGUGUACGGUCAUGUUCUUCUUCAGGAACAAGCACAUGAUGUGUGAUUUUGGGACGGGUAACAAUAAUAAAUUGAAUUGGGUGCUAGAGGAUAAGGGCGAGAUGGUGGAUAUUGUCGAGACUGUCUAUCGGGGCGCGAAGAAGGGACGGGGUCUUGUGGUUAGCCCGAAGGACUACAGCACGCGCUACAGAUAUUGAGUCGGCUGAGCGAUGGCCGACGAGAAACGGCACAACGAUACGACAAUAGCAGAUGUACUGCAACAGCAUCGAGCGAGCAGCGGAGUCCUUGAGACAAAAGUACUUCUCAGGCACGGAUACCCACGACUAGAGGAAGUCUGUCAUGGCAGUUGGCGCAUGGCGAAAUUGAAGGUAUGGCUAUACCGCGAUGGCGGUUAUUCUAUGGAAAUGCCUGCUUAUGAGGUUUCCAGAGGCGUUCGAGGAUCUUAUAGAUUGUGAAGGAGUGGCUUCACGGUUCACGGACAGUUUAAAAUGGCACAAAGCCUUUUCUGGUAGUUUGCACUUCAUGGCAAUAUAUCAUGAUUCAUAUCUCA